UCGUUUCGCCAUGGGAAGUGUUUUCGAAAUAGAUACGCCGACGACAACGACGACGAACAAGAAAAUGCCUAAAGAAGAAGAGUUAGAGGAAGAAAAGAUAGACGAAGAUGAGUUGUCGCCAAUCGAACAAGUUCGCCUGACGGUAACCAACACCGACGAUCCAUCUCUUCCCGUAUGGACUUUCCGGAUGUGGACUCUAGGGGUGUUAUCUUGCUGUCUACUCUCAUUCCUGAACCAAUUUUUCUCUUACCGGACAGAACCACUCAUCAUUACACAGAUCACAGUUCAGGUCGCUACUCUUCCCAUAGGUCGUUUCAUGGCUUCUGUACUUCCAGAGACUAAGUUCCAUCUACCUGGAUUUGGAUCGAGAGAAUUCUCUUUAAAUCCAGGACCAUUUAACAUGAAAGAGCAUGUGCUUAUCACCAUCUUUGCCAAUGCCGGCAGCGCCUUCGGUAGCGGAACUGCUUAUGCCGUCGGUAUCGUUAACAUUAUUAAAGCUUUCUACCAUAGAAACAUCUCUUUCAUCGCCGGCUGGAUACUUAUUGUCACGACGCAGGUAUUAGGGUACGGUUGGGCUGGGCUACUAAGAAAGUAUGUGGUCGAACCGGCUCAUAUGUGGUGGCCCAGUACUCUCGUUCAGGUCUCUCUCUUCAGGGCAUUACAUGAGAAGGAAGAUAGAAGAAUGACAAGAGCAAAGUUCUUCUUGAUUGCAUUCGUUUGCAGCUUUUGCUGGUAUGCCGUCCCUGGCUACCUCUUCCCUACAUUGUCAAACAUCUCAUGGAUUUGCUGGGCAUUCAAAAACUCAGUCACAGCACAACAGAUUGGUUCAGGCAUGAAGGGUUUAGGACUUGGGGCUUUAACCUUGGACUGGUCGGUUGUGGCUUCCUUCCUCUUCAGCCCUCUAAUUAGUCCUUUCUUUGCCAUCGUUAACAUCUUCUUUGGCUUCUUCUUGAUCGUCUACAUAGCCAUGCCCAUAGCUUAUUGGGGUGUCGACUUGUAUAGUGCUAAGAAGUUCCCUAUAUUCUCAUCUCAAUUGUUCACAUCUGAUGGGCAGUUAUAUAACAUAUCAGCCAUUGUUAACAAUAAUUUCGAGCUUGAUAUCCCUAGUUAUGAUCAGCAAGGACGGAUCCAUCUUAGCAUGUUCUUCGCCCUAACCUAUGGUUUUGGUUUCGCAACUAUAGCAUCCACACUCACUCAUGUAGGCCUCUUCUAUGGAAGCGAGAUUUAUCAACGAUUCCGUGCUUCGUAUUCGGGCAAGAUCGACAUUCAUACUAAAUUGAUGAGGAAGUAUGAGGACAUACCCCAAUGGUGGUUUUACAUUCUUCUUUUGCUAUCUGUUGCUGUUUCUCUUGUGCUUUGUACUGUGCUGAAUAAUCAAGUUCAGAUGCCUUGGUGGGGUCUUCUCUUUGCUUCUGCCCUUGCCUUCAUAUUCACCCUUCCCAUCAGUGUCAUUACAGCAACAACGAAUCAGACACCGGGGCUUAACAUCAUCACAGAGUACUUAAUGGGUAUUAUAUUACCAGGUGAACCAAUUGCCAAUGUUUGCUUCAAAACAUAUGGAUAUAUGAGCAUGGCCCAAGCUGUCUCCUUCCUCAGCGACUUCAAGUUAGGCCAUUACAUGAAGAUACCUCCAAGAUCAAUGUUCUUAGUUCAGUUCAUUGGGACUAUAAUAGCUGGGACAAUCAACAUUGGGGUGGCCUGGUGGCUGCUGGAUUCUAUCCCUAACAUUUGCGACAUUAGCGUGCUCUCUCCAAACAGUCCAUGGACAUGUCCGAAUGACCGUGUCUUCUUCGAUGCAUCUGUCAUCUGGGGUCUGGUAGGACCAACAAGGAUCUUUGGUUCUCAGGGAGACUAUGGAGCACUAAACUGGUUCUUCUUAGGUGCUAUAGGUCCAGUUUUUGUUUGGCUUCUACACAAGGCAUUCCCAAAGCAAUCUUGGAUUCCUCUAAUUAACCUUCCAGUCCUUUUGGGAGCAACAGCUUAUAUGCCACCGGCGACAGCAUUGAACUACAAUGCCUGGGUUAUUGUUGGAACAAUUUUCAAUUUCUUUGUUUUCCGGUACCGGAAACAAUGGUGGCAAAGAUAUAACUAUGUACUCUCAGCAGGUUUAGAUGCUGGAGUGGCUUUCAUGGCUGUGCUUCUUUACUUCACAUUGACUAUGGAGAAUAAAAGCAUAAGCUGGUGGGGUACAGCAGGAGAACACUGUGAUAUAGCUGCUUGUCCUACUGCUCAGGGUAUAGUGGUUGAUGGGUGUCCUGUUUUCUAAGUUUAAUUUCAUAGAUUAAAAUUAAUUCUCUCUCAUUCAUUCUCUUGUUCAUCAAUUACCAUCAACUCAGGAGUUGAUGAUCACAUUUGUAAUAUUGUCUGUGAUAGUUCAACUACUGCUUUUUAUGUUUAAAAAAAACAAAUUGUAAACAUACAUGAAAGGGCAUUCUCUAGCUCCUUCCAUUAUUACAGUUGCAGA